AUGGAGAUACCGUCAACCCCGAUAACUGCGAAUUUGCCCAAAAAGAAAAAGGGUGGGAUAUAUAAAAAAAAAAAAGAAAAAAAAGGGGGGGGGGGGGGGGGAAAAGGGUUUGGGGGGGGGGGGGGGGGGGGGGGGUUUAAAAAGGGGGGGGGGGGGGGGGGGGGGGGGGGGGGGGGGGGGGGGGGGGGGGGGGGGGGAUAUUAUUUUGGGGGGUUUUUUGGGGGGGGGGGGUUUUUUGGGGGGGGGGGGGGUAUUUUUUUUUUUUUUUUUUG